GACAUGUCGUUUGACAGAUCCACUCAAGUUCAUGAAUAUGAACACACUUUGGAUAUGAAUCAUCAGACAUCAUAUCGGCAAAUACCCUGAAAGGAUAGCCUACACUAUGCGAUUUGGUGUAACAUUUAGCAUCUUGCGUGCGCAGUAUGCCUGCUCCAGCAAGAAUGGAGCUCAAACGCUCGGGUGUAGAUGGCAGGGGAAAAGAAGCUACCGAUCUUUGCCAGAUGAUGUCAAAUCUCCACGACAGGUGGUCACCCCGGACAUAUCAAAAAUCAGAAACAUCGGCAUCAUGGCGCACAUCGACGCAGGGAAAACCACUACCACGGAGAGGAUGCUCUUUUACUCCGGCUACAUCAGAGCGUUAGGCGAUGUGGACGAUGGGGACACGGUGACGGACUACAUGGCCCAGGAGAGAGAGAGGGGAAUCACCAUCCAGUCAGCAGCCGUCACCUUCGACUGGAAACAGCACAGGGUCAACCUCAUAGACACACCAGGGCACGUGGACUUCACCCUGGAGGUGGAGAGAGCGCUGAGAGUGCUGGAUGGGGCCGUGGCCGUGUUCGAUGCCUCCGCAGGGGUGGAGGCCCAAACCUUGACUGUUUGGCGGCAGGCAGACAAGCACGAAGUGCCUUGCGUGUGCUUUCUGAACAAGAUGGACAAGCCUGGAGCCAGCCUGAGCCUCUCCAUCCAGAGCAUCAAGGAGAAACUGAAGGCCAACCCAGUCCUGCUGCAGAUUCCCAUCGGCAGUGGGAGGAGCUUCAGUGGGCUGGUGGACCUGGUCACCAAGCAACGGAUGACCUGGCUGGCAAAAGGGCGUGAGGACGAUGGCCGGGCGUUUGAUGUGACGGCCCUGGGGCCAGGGGACGACCCAGAGCUGCUUGAACAGACCAACGACGCCAGAGGGGCCCUCAUAGAACAGGUGGCAGAUCUCGAUGAUGAGUUUGCUGAGCUGCUAUUGGGGGAGUUCAGUGAGGACUUUGAUGCUGUUCCUCCAGAGAAGCUUCAGCAGGCCGUGCGGCGGAUCACACUGGCGCGGACAGGCGUGCCCGUCCUGGUGGGCAGUGCCCUGAAGAACAAAGGUGUGCAGCCCCUCCUGGACGCCAUCACCCUCUACCUGCCCGCGCCCCACGAGCGGCACCACCACCUGGUACGCUGGUAUAAAGACGACCUGUGUGCGUUGGCCUUCAAGGUCGUCCACGACAAGCAGAGAGGUCCACUGGUGUUCCUGCGCAUCUACUCCGGUUCUAUGAAGCCCCAGUCGUCGGUCCACAACAUCAACAGAAACGGAACGGAGAGGAUGAGCCGUCUGCUGCUGCCCUUUGCUGACCAGCACGUAGAGAUUCCUUCCCUUAGUGCAGGAAACAUCGCUCUCACUGUUGGACUCAAACAGACAGUGACGGGCGACACCAUCGUGUCCUCCAGGGCGUCUGCGGUGGCUGCAGGCCGGCGCGCUCAGAAGGAGGCCCAGGAGCGGAGCGCCUCGGCUGGGGGAGCGGGUGGCACGGAGGCCCCUGGGCUGGUCCUGGCGGGGGUGGAGGUCCCAGAACCUGUCUUCUUCUGCUCCAUAGAGCCGCCAUCCAUGGCCAAGCAGGCUGACUUGGACCAUGCCCUAACCUGCCUACAGAGGGAGGACCCGAGUCUUAAGGUCCGCAUAGACCCCGACUCUGGACAGACUGUGCUGUGUGGUAUGGGUGAACUGCACAUCGAGAUCAUCCACGAUCGCAUCAGGAGAGAGUACGGCGUCGAGACACACCUGGGGCCUCUGCAGGUGGCCUACCGGGAGACUAUCCUCCAAUCAGCAUCCACCACAGACACUCUGGACCGCACGGUGGGGGAGCGGAGACACGUGGCCACGGUCAGUCUGUCGGUCCACCCCAGCGACGACCCGUCCAGCUCCUCUUCCUGCGCCGUGUCCCUGGAGGAGGACGUGGAGCAGCAGCUUCCUGUGGAGCUGCGGGAGGCCGUGGAGAACGGCGUGCACAGCGCUUAUCUCCAAGGUCCGUUGCUGGGGUACCCGAUGCAGGGCGUGAGCACCACGAUUCAGAGCGUGAGCAUCGAGCCGGGCACUUCGCCAGCCAUGGUGGCAGCGUGUGUGUCGCGCUGCAUGCUCAAGGCACUAAAGCAGGCUGGUGGGCAGGUCCUGGAGCCGGUGAUGUCACUGGAGGUGACGGUAGGGGAGGAGCUACUGAGCCUUGUGCUGGCUGACCUCGCUCAGCGACGGGGUUCCAUCCAGGACGUCCAGAGUCGCCACGACAACAAGGUCCUGCUGGCCACGGUUCCACUGGCCGAAAUGAUGGGCUACUCUACGGUCAUGCGAACUUUGACCUCAGGGAACGCGACCUUCUCUCUGCAACUGUCCAGCUACGAGGCCAUGAACCCGCAGGACCAGACUGCCCUGCUCAGGAAGAGGGCUGGCCUGUCAUGAGGUCACUUCCCCUUCCCCCUCCCCCUUGUAUCGGCUCAUGGAGGAGAGGACCUUCAACCAAACGCUUCAAUCCUGCAAGAUCUGCCAGCCAUGCAGAGACCAGUAUGGCCGUCUUAUGCAGGGACUGAGCGGAGCAGUGGUGGACCAUGGAAGGACUUCUCAGAAAAUACUUUAGUCCAACUAGCAUAAGUGCGUAUGUUUGGGUGGGUCAUUGACAUAUGGAUGUUACGGUUUAUUUAAAAUGUGGAUGUGGCUAUAAAUGUAUAUGAACGUGACAUUUCCCGUUGAGUGGGUCUGUUAUUGGUUG